GAGGUUCAUAGAAUUGCAGCAGCGGCGUGGAGGAAGACCAAAGCGUCGGUGUUGCAAUUUUCAUCCAAAAUUCUAGAGGCAAUGAAACUCUCCUUCUCAAUCCCUAAAUCGGUCGCCAAAUCCACAUCUAAACCUAAACCUUCCUCUGAAUCCAAUACUGUUAGCCAAAACAGUGGCGCUGUAAAAGAAUAUGUCACUGAAUUUGAUCCCUCAAAAACCCUACCCAGUUCCAAUCGGAAUCUCAUCAUCCCCCCUAAAGAGAACGAAUGGAGGCCUCACAAGCGUAUGAAGAACCUCGACCUCCUUCCCACACUCAAAUCCGACAACGAAGGCCUUCGCUUCGAGAUCGCCACCGAUGGCCACGGCGAGGACGAUAAGAGUAUGUCCUACGGUCUCAAUAUACGGCAGCAAAGCAGCACUGAUGGGGACAAUGGCGAUGGUGACGAAGGAGUCAAAUCUUACCAGAAAGUCGAAACUACUGAGAAUUUGUUGUUGGAGAAGUUGAAGUACGAUCUCCAGCGGUUGCCUGAGGAUCGAGGAUUUGAGGAGUUUAAGGAUGUACCGGUGGAAGGCUUUGGCGCGGCUUUACUGGCUGGCUAUGGUUGGCAUGAAGGCAGAGGUAUCGGAAGAAAUGCUAAGGAAGAUGUUAAAGUCAAGCAAUACCACAAGAGGACUGAUAAAGAAGGUUUGGGUUUUGUUCCUCCUGCUUCUAAUACUACUAGUACUAGUGUUAAGGAUAGAGACGGGCAAAACGAGAGGAAAAGAGAAAGAGUUAAGGACGGACAUGGUGAUGGUUUCUUUGUUGGUAAAGAUGUCAGAGUUAUUGCCGGUGGAAAAGGCAUUUUGGGUUCAAAGGGUAGAAUUUCAAAGAGACUAGAUGAUGCUAAGCUUUCAGAAACAACGGAGGAACUAAAACUGCGUGUUUCUGAUAUCGCUGAUUUGGGCUCUAAGGAAGAAGAGAAGUGCUUAAGGAAGUUGAAAACGUUACAAAUAGAAGGAAAGCAAUCAAAGGAUAGGGACAGUGAAAAGCGCAUUAUUGAACCAAUUAGAGAAAGCAGAGAAAGUAUGAGGAGAGACAGUGGUCAAGAGAAGGAUGACAGAAAGCGAUGGCUCAGAAAUCAUAUUCGGGUCAGAAUUAUAAGCAAGGACUUGAAAGGAGGCAGAUUUUAUUUGAAGAAGGGGGAGGUGGUAGAUGUGGUUGGGCCAUAUGUAUGUGAUAUAUCGAUGGAUGAGACUAAGGAAUUGGUACAGGGAAUAGAUCAGGAUCUUCUUGAGACUGCUUUACCACGGCGUGGGGGUCCUGUCCUUGUUCUCUACGGGAGGCACAAGGGAGUAUAUGGGAAAUUGGUUCAGAGGGAUUUGGACCAAGAGACUGGGGUUGUGCAAGAUUCUGAUUCUCAAGAAUUGCUCAAUGUCAAACUUGAACAAAUUGCAGAGUAUCUUGGAGAUCCCAGCUACAUUGGAUAUUGAUGCUCCUGCAUCUCCAGUCCAUGCUGCCAAUAGAUGAUUCUGACUUUGAGGACUUGAAUGAGGGUCCUGCCAAAGACGGAGUGGACAGGAAGGAAGUUGAAGGUGGUGUUGACCUGGGAGAUAACCCAGAUAAUGCAGGAACUCCAGAUGAAAAACUCCCACCAGAAGGUGACAUGCUUCCAAUCUCAAGUUCAUCUCCAAGCUCUAAAACUUUGACACCAAGGUCGAGUUCGGCAUCUGUAGCAUUUGUCUCGGUUAAAAGACCUGCACCCUCAACAGCAGCAUUCAUCUCAGUUAAAAGACCGGUAACCUCAACUUCUAGUACAACGGGUACAAGUCUUCAUUCUGCAGAAUCUGAAAUGGACAGUGGCAACAAAGAGGAAUCAUUUUUCAAUUUGCUCGCUGGGGGAAGCCUUAAAGAUAGUCUAUUCUAAAUUUCUGAUGUUUAGAUCAAUCAAAUGGGGUAAUUCCUUUGAUUAAAAAGAUGUUUUUCACACAUGCCAAAUAUUGGUUUAGAUUCAUUAAGAGGAGAUUUCAUCAUCUACUUGUACAUAUGAGGUUAAAGAGGAGUUGUUCUUUGUGCUUGAGUGAGCGUAUCAGGAUGCAGAACAAAAUGAAAAUACAACUUAAAUAUGAAAAAUAAUUGGUACAAAUAUGCCACUUGUUAGUUUUUCA